AUGGAUUUGCACUACUUAGGUGACUCACAGGUGAUGGCGGCUGCACUGACACUGUUAUUGGCCCAAUGUUUAUACUCACUGUUGGUCGUCAUUUACCGCCUCUACUUUUCGCCUCUGGCGGGCUUUCCUGGGCCUCGGAUCGCUGCAGCAACAGGCUGGUAUGAAUUCUAUUACCAAUAUUGGCUCAACGGCAAAUACAUUUUCGAGAUUGAGAAGAUGCACAAGAAAUAUGGCCCCAUCGUCCGAGUUAACCCUGAUGAACUCUCCAUCCACGAUGCUGAUUUCUACAACGAGCUGUACGUCACAGAGAACAAGCGACGGACCGACCACUAUGACAGUUUUGGCAAAGGAAUUGGCUUUGACGACUCCCACUUCCUAACAAAGGAGCAUGAUCUUCAUCGUGUACGAAGAAAGGCUUUGGAGCCAUUCUUCUCUCGACUUGGGGUCACGCGAUUGCAGCCAGUGAUUUCUGAGGUAGCUCUGCACCUGGAGUCUCGGUUGAGAGAGUAUGCUGGUACGGACCAGGUUAUUCGACUUGAUCAUGCAUUCACGGCCUACGCGGGGGACAUUGUGGGAAGGAUGUGCCUCGACACCAAAGAACGUAGCGACAGAUUCCUAAGCGACCCCGACUUUUCACCUGACUGGUACAACUCCAUGCUAAUGAUCAUACGCUCUCUGCCUCUGAUGACUUCUUUUCCGUGGCUUAUUUGGAUCUUGAGCUUCAUUCCAGAAGGAGCACUUUUAUGGCUUUACCCUCGCGGUCAAGGAUUCAGAAGGCUGGCCGAGAGAGCUAGAGAUAACAUCCGGAAAGCCCUAUCAGGCGAUGCUAUAAAUGACGAGAAUGUGUCAUCUCUAUUCCACCACGUUGUGACCAGCGAUAUGCCAGAGGAAGAGAAGUCCGAGCCGCGUCUUCUAAAGGAAGCGCAGAUGAUACUCGCCGGGGGUUCUUGGACCAGUGGCCGCACAAUUGGUGUUGCAGCGUAUCAUAUAUUAUCUCGACCACACUUGCGAGCUGAACUUCAGAAGGAACUGAAAGAACCCAUGGCUACGUGGCCUCAGAAUGUCCCAACGUGGGCUGAGCUGGAGAAGCUAGAGGUCCUACAAGCUAUCAUCAAAGAAGCUUUACGUAUCAGUUAUGGGGUGAUGCAUCGCUUGCCGCGGAUCUCUCCAGAUGUGCCGAUCCAAUACAAACAGUACACUAUCCCAACUGGGAUUCCUGUCGGGAUGUCGUCAUACCUCAUGCAGUCAGAUCCCGAUGUGUACUCAUCACCUUCUGAGUUUAUUCCCGAACGAUGGAUCGGCGAGGUUACGCCCGCGAUGAACAGAAACUAUGUGCCUUUUGCGAAAGGCUCGCGGAACUGCCUCGGUAUCCAUCUGGCAAUGGCGGAAGUGACCUACGCCUUGGCGGCGCUAUUCCGUCCAAAUGGACCCAAGCUAGAACUCUUCGAGACUGAUGAAACCGAUGUGCGGAUGGUGCAUGAUUUCAUGGUAGCCACUGCCAAAGUAGAUAGUAAGGGCAUUCGAGUCAAGGUCCUAUGA